AUGUUCGGGGCGUUCCGCAUCACCUCGCCGCUGUCGGGCGGUCUGCUCUGGAAGAUCCCCUGGAGGCUGUCCAAGUUCCAGAAGAGGAGGCACAGGCUGCGUCUGCGCGCCGUCGACGACGUCGUCUCCACGGUGGACGCGGCGCUGGCGAAGCAGGGUGAGACUGUUGCCGCCGUGGAGCGGUGGAAGGCGGAGAUGCCCACCGAGGCGGAGAUGCUGCCGAGGGACAAGUACACCAUGUUCGACCGCAAGGAGAAGAGGUACCGCAAGGGCAUUCACAAGCUGCCCAAGUGGACGAGAGUCUCUCAGAGAUUGAACCCUCCCGGAUACUAA